ACUUAACGUCAUACAUAGUCAUAACGUCAUUGUUGUCAAUCUAUGCAAGCUGCAUUUCUAUUUCUAUUUCAAUUAAAACCAACUGAUUCCUCACAAACCAUGGCUGAAAAGCCACCAGAAGAAGGCUAUAUAUCCGUCGUGGACGAGGAACCAGAGAUUUUCGAACUCCUAAAAUGGGACGCGCCGCAAACGCAAAAGCAUCAUCAGAACCCCCAUCCCGACCAUCGGGGUUUGGAGAAAGGAGUUUAUACUCAGUUAAAGGAUAAAUCUGAGCAGAUGAAUCAGCAGAAGGCACCAGAAGAGCCUAUGGUGCAGGAAAAGAGGUCAAAGCCCGCGGAAACUGACCCGUUUGACCUGCCUGACCCAACGUUUAUAGAGACGUAUAGAUUGUCGAAGGACUUGGCACGCGGUUUGAUUGAGGAGUUGAAGCCUGUGAUGCCCGAGUCUACGAAGUCUAUCGAGUUCUCCGUUGAGAGCAAGGUAAUGGCAGCUCUAGCAUUCUUCGCAACGGGCAAAUACCAGAAGUCAAUCCACGGAAAGACGGACCCGAACAUAACCCAGUACUUUGUGUUAUCAGCCGUCACACAAGUUACGGAGGCCUUGAACAAUCCAGCUCUAGUGAAGAAAUACAUACACUUCCCGCAUCUGAGAGUGGAGAGGGACAAUCUUAAAGCUAGGUUCUACAUGAAGUAUGGAGUCCCAAAUGUCGUCGGCUGCAUAGAGUGCACGCACGUGCCUAUAGCGCGGCCCGAUGUUGACCAGAAGAGCCAUUUCAACAAGUCAUACCACUCCAAGAAGGCACAGAUUAUUUGCGACAGCGACCUGAACAUCAUCAGCGUGGACGCGAUCCCCGGCGGGUUGCACUCUCACGACACUAUACUCAACCAGCACGCGGUCAAGAAUGACCUCGAGAGCCUUAACAACUCGGGGGAGCAGUGCUGGCUUAUUGGUGGCCCUCACUACUCCCAAAAGCCGUACAUAAUGACCCCCAUACCGAAGAUCACGAAGAAAUCCCCCGUGUCACCAGAGAAGUACUACUCGACCGUACACACACAGACACACAGCGUCAUCCUGGAGGCCAUUAAACAGCUGAAGAGCAGAUGGAAGUGUCUGCAAGCUACUUGUAACAAGCAGUACGACCCUAAUACUGUGUCCAACAUGAUAGUGGCAUGCUGCAUGCUGCACAAUCUGUGCAACCGUCGAGGGCUCCCCGUUGCACCGCUCACACAGACCGAGGAACGGCUAGAAGCCAUGAAGCAGAAGGUGGCCAAUAGUCCGGUCUCGAGGAAGCAGGUCGAGGACCCCAAGGGAGUGCAAGCGAGACAGCUGCUGGUUGAUCAUCUAUGGAAUGAGCGGAAGGUGACCCCAGACUGCGGUAAAAAACGUAAGAAACCCGUCGAAGAGCGGCCACCACAGCCCCAGCCCACACACAUCUUGCACACGCACACACAGCAGCCACACACGCACACACAGGUCACACAACACCAGCCCAUCAUGCACGAGCACCAUUUGCAUCAUGAUGACGUCAACAAGAGGCCGCGGAUCGUAAUGAACAACCCCACAUACGGGCUGGGGGUAACGUCGGGGUGGGGCCAUUUUCCCCCGCACUAAUUUGAG